UCACGUCAUAUUACGCUGCCGGAAGUAAUGCGUGCAACGCGCCAAAUAACUAAAGAAGAAGAAGAAGAAGAGCGCGUGUGGGGUCCUGACCCGAAAACUAAAGCAGCGGGAAUCACCCGUAAACGAUGAAGCACGUGUUCCUGACCGGCGUUCCCGGUGUGGGGAAGACCACUCUGGUGAAGAAGGUGUGCGCCGCCGUGGUCCCUGCCAGCGGUUUCUACACCGAGGAGGUCCGGGAGCGGGGCAGGAGAGUGGGCUUCGAUGUGGUCACUCUCACAGGAGACCGAGGACGGCUGUCCAGGCUCGGCGCUCGGUCUUCCUCAGCUGGACGUGAAUGCAGGGUCGGACAGUAUGUGGUCGAUGUCCAGUCGUUUGAGAGCCUCGCUCUGCCUCUUUUCAGUGACACUCGGGAGGGAAGCAAGAGGCUGUUUGUCAUCGACGAGAUCGGGAAGAUGGAGCUGUUCAGCCAAGCGUUUAUCCUCGCCGUGAGACAGACGCUGGACUCCUCCAGCUGCUCCAUCCUGGGCACCAUCCCCGUUCCUAAAGGAAAACCUCUGGCGCUGGUGGAGGAAGUGCGCAGCCGGCAGGACGUCAACAUAUUCAUGAUCACCAAGGAAAACAGAGACGUGAUCUUCGACGACAUCCUCUCAGCCGUACGAGAGUGCCUGAAGUAAACGAGGAGGAGCGUUAGGUAUUGAUCAUAUAUCGUUUAACGGUUCGUUGGCCCGGGCAGCAUCUCUCUCUCUCUCGUAACGGACGUAGCUCUGCAUUAUUGAUCACGAGCGAGCGUGAGAGACCCGAGAUGAACCGAGGCGACGUCCUGCAGACACUCGUCAGCCUUUAGACGCUUCCUCGUGAACUUCCUGUAUGUACGUUUCUCAUUAAACAGGAAAAUGCAUUGGUGUCUGAGAGGACAUCGCUGUCAGGCUUCCACAUUUAUUUUCACCGUGAAUAUGUUCCUGAACGUUUAAAAAAAAUGACAUGCCAUCUGUUGGGGGCUGGUAAUCUGUUAAAAAAUAAAGAACUAAAUAUGCAUUAACUAAA